UUUAAUUCAUUUGAUUGGUCUUGAAUUAUAAAUUAAGACUGGGGGAGAGAAAAAAAAAAAAAAAUCUCCUGAAAUGCAGGCGUAUUCAGAAAGUUGGACUAACAGUGCGAGUGUCCCGCUCGAUCUUCCAAUCUUUGGAGGAUUGGUGGAAGGAUCGAGCAUUCAUGUGCACGGAGAAGUUUUCCCAGAUGCAGAUGGAUUUAUAGUGGACCUCCAUUACGGCUCGGAUAUCGCUCUGCACUUUGACCCUCGAUUUGGAAAUAAUGAGAGCGUUGUGCACAACACGCGCAAAGAGUGUCAAUGGGGUUUAGAAGGAAAUCAAAACGAGAAUCCCUUCCAGAGAGGGCAGAGUUUCGCCCUGCAGAUCCUCUUCACGCUGGCCUCUUAUAAGAUAAGUGUCAAUGGAAAUCCCUUCUCGGAGUAUGAACACCGCAUCCCAUUCAAAUCCGUCGACAGCAUCAAAAUUUAUGGAUCGAUGAAGAUCAGUGCACUUGGUUUCAAGAGAUUUAAGGUAAAUGUCUGUAUGUGUAAAGGCAGACAAAGACGAGAAGCUGAUCACCGUACAGUUUCAAAGUCUGAGUUUGCUGCCCUUCCAGGAUCUUUGAAAGUCCCAUACAAAAGCAUCAUUGAUGGCGGAUUAAAGCCUGGAAAAGUCAUCCUCAUCCAGGGCGUCCUCAAUCCUGAAGGAAUGGAGAUUUUUCUUCGGCACAAAACGGGAAUUGCGUUCUACUACGGCAUUCGUGUGAAUGAGAGCGUGAUUGUGUGCAACAGCUAUGAGGACGGGAAAUGGGGCGACGAGGAGCGUUAUCAAAUCAAACCAAUUGAUAAAGGAGAAAUGCUGCAGCUCAGCAUUAUCUGCCGUCGUGAACACUAUGAGGUGUUUGUCAAUGGUGAACAAACUCAGACUUUCAACCACCGCUUCAGUAAACUGGAGGAGGUGGAUGUCGUGGAAGUCAGUGGAAAUGUGGAGCUGAGCCUUGUGCAGCAGUGAAGAGUUCAUUCAUAUCUACGAGAAAAACUAAAUCUGCAUACACCAUAUUUGUGUCAGAAAGAUGCAAAGGAUAAUUCUGCUUAUUUAAUCAGCCUAUUCACAUUCAGAGAUGUUUUGAU